CAUCUCCCCUCCUUCGGUGCCUCCACUUGGUCUCGCCUAGCUCCGCCCCUCCCACUCCGCCUGCUGCCUCCCAAGAUGGCUACGCUGUGGCCAGGCCCGGAGCCGUGGAACCGGGUGAGGAUCCCUAAGGCAGGGAGCCGUAGCGCAGUGACCGUACAGGACCCGGAUACGGCGCUAGACCUUUGCAUUGCAGCUGUAAUUAAAGAAUGCUGUCGCAUUACAUUGUCACUGAAGAGCCGAACCUUAGACGCAGAGACAGAUGUAUUAUGUGCAAUCCUUUACAGCAAUCACAACAGAAUGGGGCGCCAUAAGCCCCAUUUGGCCCUCAGACAGGUUGAACAGUGUUUAAAACGUUUGAAAAACAUGAAUUUGGAAGGUUCAAUUCAAGAUCUCUCAGAGGCAUUUUCUUCUAAUGAAAAUCAGCCUAUAAAUACCAAAGCAUGUGUCAUCCCAAGCCAACCAGUGGUGGAACUGGUGUUGAUGAAGAUUUUGGGAGCCUGCAAGUUGCUGCUUCGCCUGUUGGACUGUUGCUGCAAGACAUUUCUCUUGACUGUGAAACAUCUAGGUUUGCAAGAAUUCAUUAUUUUAAACCUUGUGAUGGUUGGCCUCGUGAGCAGGUUAUGGGUUCUGUAUAAAGAUGUUUUAAAAAAGCUGGUUUCUUUAUAUGAACCAUUGUUUGGAUUACUUCAAGAGGUCUCCAGGAUUCAACCAUUGCCUUACUUCAAAGGUUUUACCUUCCCUUCUGAUAUUGUUGAAUUUUUAGGAGAGCCCUAUUUUGAAGUCUUUAAGAAAAAAAUGCCUACAGCUUUUGUAGCUAAAGGAGUAACCAAACUGCUAAAUAAACUAUUUUUAACAAAAGAGCAAUCACAGAGGUCGGGUGAAGAAACUUUACUUAGAAUUUCUGAAAAAGCUAAACAAAUGAAGAUCAAUAUACCGAAUAACAUGGAUCUUGGACAACCAGUAAAGAGUAAGAAAAUCUUAAAAGAAAAGUCAUCAGAAUUUGAUGUGAGAGCUUUCUGCAAACAGCUGAAACAAAAAGCUAUUCAGGAGAAGAGCUUUGAGUUUAAAUGUUCUCCAUCCAAACUAAAGGCAACCAAACAUUCUUCUCAGAAAGCAAUAGGAACUCCCUGUGUAAAAAGUCUUGUGCAAAGAUUCCGAGAGGCUGAGACUUUCACACAACUUUCUGAAGAAAUCCAAAUGGCAAUUCUGUGGUGUAGAAGCAAGAAACUGAAGGUUCAGACCACCUUUCUGGGUAACAAACUUCUUAAAAGUAAUCGGCUUAAACAUGUGGAAGCUCAAGGCUCUAGUUUGCCAAAGAAGCUACAGUGCAUGAAAACAUCUAUUUGCAACUGCCUUCUUCAUAGCUUAGGUAUGAAAACUUCGAAGCAUCACCUGAGACAAAGAAGAUCACAGAAUAAAUUUUCACUGAAAGGAAGGAAACAGAGAAAGUUGCAGUCGACUCUUUUAAAGGAAAUCCAGCAGCCCCCUCAAGGGACUCAGAGUGCUAAGGAUGUCAUUAAAGGGAGACUCUCAGAUUCUACUGUUCGUAGGACUGCUCUGUACCCUAACAAUAAGCAAGUGUUGAAUAGGAGAGUUUCAAAUCCUGUCAUACAAACUAAGGAGACACAAACUCAUGAAAAGCUUACAGAAAGCAAUGAAAAUGAGACGGAUUCUUGGACAGUGAUGCAAGGAAAUAAACAUAAUACAUCAGGAACCACUAAGGAGACAGACGACAUUGAUGAUAUUUUUGCUUUAAUGGGAGUUUAGAGGCGCAUAUGUGAAACUGUUAACCAGUUGCUCCAGUGUUCUGCUGCUUUAAGUAGAACAGCUGAGAUGUGGGAAGAUCUGCAAGUACCACUUGGACUCAGAGGAGCUGCUUUAGGACAACACUGUAGAGCAGUUCAUUUUAGUUCAAUAAAGGCUUACCAUAGCUUUGUGUCAAUCGACAAAUAUUUGACGAUUAGUCAGUUUUUUACUUAAGACCUGAGUAAUUAGGUUUGUAAAACUUAUAUUGUGCCUUAGGUAAAUGGGAUGCAGGGGUGGGGCGUAGCAGGGAAUCACCUAGAAGGUCACUUUGACCUUAAUGGCUCCACCGUAGCUAAGUGCUCUUCUGAACACCAAGGUCUGUAGCUUUUAACAUCUGUACUGUCUGUCUUCUGUAUGUUAGAACUGAUCAUCAGUUUUGCCACCAGGUGUAUUAGCAGGCAGUGGUUACAACCAUUAUUUCACUUCAUUUGUUAACCUUAUCUCAUUGGAGGGCAUAUUAAAAUGCUUUUGGAAUUGUCCAAAAGUUUAUAGGGGAGCUUGAUUUGGGUGCUAGUGAUUGAGUCCAGAUAAAUUUUUUUUCCAGAAAGGAUAUAGAGUGACUUACGGUUAUACACAAAGUAGAACUAGGUGAGAAAGUUAAAUGAAAAAGCUAAGGAAACACAAAAUCAACCUAGAGAGGCUAAAAAUAGAUUUAUAAUUGGUGCUGAUGCUAUCACCUGAUAUUUGUAUGUUCCUCAUACAAUUGCUCUGAGAAGGUAAAUCCUACGUAUUUUCAAAUAAUGAUGCGAAGUUUGAGGUUUCUUUCAAGUUUUAUGUUUAUAUAUAGUAAUUUAUACAAUGCCCUAGUAUAUCCUGCAUCUUCCUCAGUCAUCCUACCAUUUUUUAAGUUUCCUUUUUGUUCUUUAUCUGGCCUUUUUCUUUCCUUGUCUGUUUUCUGUAUAUUUUCCACUUACUAUACCAGUGGUUCUCAAACUGAGGGAUGUCUUGAGAAUCACUUGGUGGGGUUGUUUAAAAUGCCGAUUUUGAGUUCCUUUCAGAGACUGAUAAUCAUGGAUAGGGGACAGGAUCAGAAAUCUGCAUUUUAAUACGGGGCUCAGGUGAUUUUGAUGCAAGUAGCCCAAAAUGCAGUUAGAUAAACACUGGUUUAGCUCCCUUCUUUCCUGAAGCCUUGCUAAGUCAAUCUCUAGUCACUUUUUAUUAGUUUAUAUUUCUCCUGGUUUCCUACCAAGUGGUACAGCUACUUGGUACUUUAAAACAUGGACAAUACCGAGGAAGUCUCCAUGACAAGUCUAGAAAUAGCCAUCAGCUUCUAAGAUUCAAGACCCAGUCUUGCUUCUGUGUGCAUGUGACACUAAUCAUGUGCAAACAGCAGGCUUCUCUGGGCUCAGUUCCUCCAUCUGAAGUGGUAUUACUGUCCAAUAAUCAUAAACCUGUACAGCUGGAAGAGACUUUGGCGAUCACCCUUCACUGUAUACAACAGAGUGGUUCAGUGAAUUGUCUAAGGAGGUGAAACUGGAUUAGACUAUAAGCCUAGCAUUUUUUUUUUCCUAUUUAAUUAAUGUUCCUUUGGAGUAUGUUUAUCUCGUUUUCCCAUCUGCCCCUUAAAAUUCUGGGAAAAACAGUAAAGAGUUUCAUGUGUCCCUAAGUUGGUAAAAAUAAGGAACAUAGUAUUCUAUUUUUUUUCCCAAACAAAUUCAAAUGUUUUAAGUUUUAAAAGUGAAAUCUUAAAUUUACAAAACCAUAACUUACCCAGUAAAUUAGAUUAGAAAAUAACUGUCAGCAUCAUCAUGGUAAAUACCAAUUUAAUCCCUUCUGGUGGCAUUAACACACUCUGGUCAUUUAUAAGAGCAGUGUGGUAGACCUCUCAUGUGUCAUUUCAAAUCUUCUUGGCCUCUUACUGCAGCCACUACUAUGAUAACCAGUCUCAAGCAGGACUGGAUGACUAUACCUUGCCUUCUCGCCUCUGACAAGCUACAGGAACUGCUUGGCAUUUGGGCAUACACAAUUUGCUAAUCUCCCUUCAAAGACAAUGCAGAGGCACAUUUCCUAAGGUUCCACAGAUCCCUCAAGAUCAAGCCCUAGAGCUAUGUUGUUUCCAACUCACUGCCUCCUUGAUUGGCUUUCCUUCCAUCUGUUUCAUUUCCCCUUCAUUCCUGUUCCCUGGAAUCACAUCCCCAGUAAACUAUUGGACACAAGCUUUUGUCUUAGACCUUCCUUUUAGAAGAACAAAAGCCAAGGCUAAGACAAGCUGUAAAGUAACACUGGCAGGCAGAAAGAUGACUUUUAAGAUAAUUUUGUUGUUACUAUCAAUAUAUAUCUUACUUGGUGAAUGCCCAUAUUAAAGUUCCCCCCCCACCUUCUUAAAGUUUAAAUCACUGCUGGUUAGAAUAAAUUAGUAGUAUUAACUAUAAAGCUGAAAACAUAUUCAGAACUGAAUUUU